UGAUUAAACAGUUGCAAGGAUUCAUGUCACGCGUUCAGAUAGUUACAAAUAGUGCACCUUCGAUAUUAUGAUGGAGGGGAUGGUCGUCGAACGUGACGUACACGUGACUCGUAGAACCGCAUCAACGUGGGGGUUGAACAGUGUAACCCCUUUCACACGCGCGAAGUACGCGGCUGUGUGAAGUGCGGUUCCAUGCAAUCUUCAAGAAUGCUUCCUCAAGAUUGUUUGACGUGUAUUUCAGUGAUUUCUCACAAGUGCGACUUCCAAAGAAUAAUAAAUAUGUGAUAACUUAAAAUCUAUCCGCAAAAAUAAUUAUCUGACAGCAAAGCGAACGGUGGAGAACAUAAUGCUAAAAACGUCGAAGCGAGAGUUAAUUUACUCUCGAAGAUUGUUCGCGAAAGAAGCAAGAACCACGAAUUUUUCCAUUUUGGAAAUGCGUCACUGCCGAAAAAAAUUGCUCGAUCUGUGAUUAAUAAGUAUUCGUAUAAACAUGAACUGUUCAACGAUCUCGUGAUUAUUUGUGUUCUCAGAAUGCCCUUCGUAGGAGCAUGGUUUAAAGCAUGGAUUUAUUUGGGGCUCGUUUGCGGUUGGGGCAAAAGUGCACGACCACGUUUCGACACAUCCACGGAUAUGGGAUUGGUAUUGGUUCCAGCCGAUGCCGAAGUUGAUUCAGUGAUCUUUCGAUUACGCGCCACCGAUCAGGAUGCGGACUUUCCUCUUGUAUUUGAGAUAACCGCAACAAUUACACCCGUCGUAAGAAUCGACAACUUGCCGUGCACCUUGUACAACAAAGUCUGCCAGGCUAAUGUAAUUUUAACGAAACGCCUUAUGCCAGGACGCCUUCAUGAUUUCGCUGUCAGGGUUCGGGAUACUAAGGGUGACUCAAAUUCGAUGCAGGCUACCAUAUCCGCAACGAACGCCACGACCUCGCGUGAUAAAAUAUUCCCUCACAUUCCUUCUCUGAUAAUGGUACCUGAGGAUACUAAACCAGGAAAGGAAUUAGAUUACCUUCUCGUACGAGCGAACUCCUGGAGCGGCAAACCAGUUUACAUCGAAUUAUGGCAACCAAAAGAACUGUUCACUAUUCGGCAACGACAAACGCCUACGCAAACGCGCGGGGUCAUUAUGCUAAUUGGCGAGCUGGACUUCGAGACGCAAUCGAUGUACACUCUCACCAUUUACGCGACGGAUCCUUACACGGAACCCGGGAAAGAUACCAGGAAUAUCGCAGGACUAAAUAUCGUUGUUAUCGUGCAAGACGUGCAGGACGUACCGCCAAUUUUCACCCUAGCACCUCCUUUAACCAGACUUAACAAUUCUGUGCAAAUCGGAGACGUGAUAUUACGUGUUCACGCGGAAGAUGGAGAUAAGGGGGUGCCGCGUGAAAUCACGUACGGUCUGGUGUCCGAAGGCAACCCCUUCAUACCUUUUUUUAACAUUUCGGAAACCACAGGUGAGAUUGUUCUCGCGAAGCCUUUAGAGGAACUCACGCAGAUUACUCAUGUUGGCGCACCAGUCGUGCUCACUGUGGUUGCUGAGGAAAUACGAAGAUCAAGGGACGAGCCGCCGGCUCAGGCAACGGUGGUCGACGUCGGUUUCCUGCUUGGGGAACCGGGCAACAGUCCGCCAUAUUUUGAGAAUGAUAACUACGUUGCAUCGAUACCAGAAAAUUUAGAGCCAGGUUCCGUGAUAACGUUCCCCGAGCAAUAUUCGACUAGAGUGCGCGAUGAGGAUAUCGGUAAGGCUGGUGUCUUUGCGUUGAAGCUGCAAAAUAACAACGGUACCUUCGAAAUAAAUCCAACUGUCGCCGAAAGAACGGCGGAUUUUGUUCUCAUGGUACGAGAUAACGCACUAAUCGAUUACGAGAUGUACAAAAGUUUAUCUUUUAAGAUAAUUGCUCAAGAAGUUGGGCCAGCGACAAAUUUGUCAGCAUCAGCAAACGUUAUAAUACACAUACAAGAUGUUAACGAUAACCCACCAGUCUUUGACGAAGAGUCUUACGAAGUUACAUUAUCCGAAAAUGUCACCGCCGGAACACGAGUGAUUCAAGUGCAUGCAACCGAUAAGGAUACCGGGCUUUUCGGCAGUAUUCGGUACACAGGCAUAACGGGGCAAGGAAGCGACGCUUUCGCAAUAGACCCCGAUACGGGAUUAAUUACGGUCGCGAUAGGAUCGUCUUUGGACCGUGAAAUGGCAGCGCAGCUGCAAUUAACUGUAAAUGCGCGCGACGAAAACGGCAAGGGUAACACGGGCACGGUACCGUUGAUAGUGAAUCUGCUGGACGUAAAUGACAACGCGCCGAUUUUCGAAAAAGAUGUCUACGAGUUUACAUUGAAUUCCGAUUUGACGAAUUUUUCAACGCCUGCUAUUAUAAAGGCCACUGACGCCGACGCCGAACCGCCGAACAACGAGGUCCGUUACGAACUGAUUCACGGAAAUUAUGAGAAUAAAUUUUAUUUGAAUGAGAUCACCGGCGAACUGACAUUGCGAUCGCCUAUUACGAAAUUCAGGCGGAAAAAACAAAGCAUCUACGACAAUUUUUCGAAGAAGCUAUACAAAGGAACGCAUGGCCAUCAAUCAGAACACGUAAUACGAGAGGCUGUCGGAGGGACAACGGUUUUCCCGGACGUGGCGAAUUCAACGGGAAAUGCUACAAACGAGACCGAAUUGAAAAGUCAGGUCGGCGAGAUAAAAAAGCAUCGAAGAAAACGAGAGGAACCCGAUAUUUUGUACACUUUAACUGCCAGGGCGUAUGAUCUUGGUGUACCUCAUCUCUCGAGUGAGACCGAGAUCUUCGUCGUCAGGAGCACUGCCAUGGAAGCUCGCAUAAUGAUGUUCGUCGUACAGGGAGAACGUCCAAACUUAACAAAAACCGCGGAGACGUUAGCCACUAUCACCGGCGGACGAAUUACCGUGCUGGAUACACGUCCUUACGUGUCGGACAAUAAAACUAGAGCAGCGGGCAGUGCUGUCCCAGCGGAAGGAAAGAGAACAAUCGUGGUGGCUCGCGUCGAACAAACUGAAAUUGGUACCCCUCUAGUGGACGUGGAAAAAAUUCGUAACACAUUAGCCGCGAACGGCGUGGGCAUCAUUGGCGGCGCGGGCAACGGGUCUAUGACGUACUACGAAACUACCCCGAAACCUCCAAUCGAUGGAGUAAUUCCCAAUGGGGGAAAUAACGCGGGGACCUAUGUAAACAAAACAAUCAGCAGCGUUCACGAGGAAGUAACUGUGUACAAAGCGGAGAAUAAGCUGCUCUUUUGGUUACUGAUUAUUCUGGGCCUGCUAAUGCUAAUAGCCAUUGCGGCGCUCAUCAUUUGCUGUAUCUGCCCAGGCUGUCCAUUUUAUAUGGCACCUAGAAAGCGCAGAGUUUACUCGUCGGAAACGCUUAUUGCUCGAUCGGAUGGUCGACCUAAACGGCACAUUCAUCGAAAACCAUUGGUUGCAGCUGAAAUAAUUACAUCAAACGGAAGAAAACAAGCUUGGAGUGCGGAUGCGACUCGGAGGAACUGGCAAUUUAAUCGCCGAAACACAAAGAACGGUGGCCUAGCGUCGCUUCCUGGUGACGUUGUGUACAUUUCGGAGCGUCCCCCAAUCGAUCAAGCGAAUAUGGAGUCGUUGAGGCUACGUGACGGGCCGGCCUAUGAUCCUUCGAGAAGGAGAAGGCUCGAAGAGCAAGAGAGAAUGUACGUGGAAGACGUCGAGGAGAGAAAGGCUAGGGAUUACGAUGGCGCGGAUGCAGAUUCCAUGCAACCACACGAAAUGGAUCGUGGAUCGGACAUUCAGCGUCAAGUUUACAGACAAAGAUACGCCGAUUCUGAGUUAAACAAUGAUAGAGAGACAGCGAUAAGAGAGCAGCAUUUUUAUCGUGAGGGUAAUGCAGAGGUGCUGCAAUUAGUGACGCGCGGACAAAUGGAGGAUAGGGGUCAACAACGUCAUUAUCCCACUUUCGUAGUGGACGGCAAGGACGUGCUUCUGCAGCGAUUUAUGCAGGACCAGAAAGCGCGUUACGAACUGCCGACGCAGGAAGCCGAGGUGGUGCGCACCAUCGACUCUCAUCAACGCUCGAGGAACUUGUAUCAGCACAAACAGGAGAUUCUCCUGUUGCCGGAGGAGCUGGACGUUAGACGCCGACGCGCGGAGGAAUUGGAGUCCACCGCGCCGAAAAUGGAUGAUGAAUACGCGGCGCAAGACAUGGACGUGGAGUCGCAGAUGCGGGACGUCCGUCGCCAAGAGGUCUCAACAAGCGUGGCCGGUAUAUCGUCCAAGGAUCGGCCGUCAAUUGUUAAAGACCAGACGCAAUCCGCGGCGGUGCAGUCGAUUACGUUUCACGAUCUGGAACUGGCGAGGCAGAAUGCUCUACUGACGCGGCUACUGUUGGAGAGAGAGUCUAGGCAUGCCGGUGCCGUAGUCAUAGACGCCGCGAGUUACUUGGAGACCCAGAGUCUACCCGGGCAAGUGGCAAUUGCGACGCAGACCGACAGAGUCGCUGCGACGCAAACGGAACGACACGUCCGCAGCAGAAGUGACAACGACGAGUCCGACGAGGAUACCCGAAACCGAAAGAGGAUGAAGAAACGCCACGGCGAGAGCGACUUGAGAACGCGGACCUUAUGGAUGAAAACGCCUAUCGAGGAGGAGGAAGGCCCGUACGUCAGCAAACGGCUAAGUACCCUGAAGAGGAAAGUGCAGGAAGGGAAGGAGGGACGAAAAGUACCUUUAGAGCCUGAAGUGCUGCGAGAAAUUUCAGAUUCUCUGGACCGGAAUGGGACUAUUUAUCGCGAGAAGGAAAGAAAGUCGAUGAAAACUUGCCAACAGUAUACCGAAGAGAGCAGCAUCGGAUAUAAAGUACUGGGCGAGGAGAAAAACGGUUCCUCUUCAUCGAUGGAAAUGGGUAAGCAACGUGAGAAAUUCUCCGAUGAGAAAAAAAUGGAAAGCUUGUCAUCUCCGGAAAUAAGUGUUGACAACGGAAAAUAUAUUUGCGAAACGUCGGAGAAGAAAAGUUCAAGGAAAGAGAGUAGAAUAAAGAGGCACAAGAAGGUGGAGUCCGUGAUAAAACCUAGCUUUCGAGUUUUAGAGCGAGAGAUCACGAUGCUGACGAAGAAACUGAGCAGACUCACCGAUAGAAAAGGACAGCAGACCACCGAGUCUGAAAGUACAAGUCAAGAAAAAUCGAAAACAUCGAAGGACUCCAAGAAAGAUUCGGAUCAGAAUACAUCGAAGAAGGUAGAGGACUUGAGGAAGCGCAAACGGUUCGAGACCUCUCCGAGUAUAUCGAAAGAGACAAAGAGGGAAAAGUUCAAGUAUCAGCAACCUCAGAUUAUGAGUCCCGGCAGUUCCGAGUACGAGGACGCAUUUGAAAAAGCGGACAAGUCAAAACUGGCUUCUCGUCAAGAACCUACGAAACCCACGCAGACAAGUGGCCAUGCAAAAGUGAAAAGGCAAACGCAGAUUGAGUGUAAGGAGUGCAAGAAGCAACCCGUACAGCAGGGUCGAGAAUUCGAAAAGUGUAGACUUGCGAGUAAAGAAAAGGACAAACCGAAGGUUGAGAAAAUUGCCAAGGUAAUGUCACGUAAGCAAAAGUUAGCAAUGAUCGGUCGAAAAGGGCAUGUUCAUGCCUCGGAGGAACCGAGCACGAGUACAAGUUCCGAUCGUACCAAUGGCAAAGGUGACUCAUUCUUUGGUCGACAUUUCGACAAGAAGAGCACAGAGUCUUCGGAAAUCCCAUCAAAUCACGCAUAUCAACGAAAAUCAAAACGGAAACUGGAUUACGUGAGUGAGAAAUUCUCUGAUGAUUUUGUGACAGAGUCACAGAGAAGAGAUCAGCAGAGCGCACUUUAUUCAACGACUGGCGGAGACACGGAUAAAAAAGAUAAUGCGAAUAAGAAAGAAGAUAUACAACAAUUUUCUGACGACUUUACAAUGGAAUCACAGAUAAAAGAACUGGAACGUCAAGUGCAAGCUGCCGUUGAGAAAAAAAUUUUUCGUAGGCAAGAUGCGUACCAUGAUAUUGAUAAGGAACAUAUAAGUCCGAAGGAAACUAUUGUAACCGAAAGUGAACAAGAUCUAUCUCAUGACUUUGGCGAGGAGCAUUUGACGCUGAAAAAAGCUGCUGAGGGUGUGACAAUUCUUCAAGAAGUGAUCAAAGAUCUGAAAGAUGCGCCACUCAAAGAGAAAACAAUCGCAAGCAAGGAGCAAUUUGAAUCAUUUGAAGCCCAUAAUAAAGAGUUGGAUGAUAGCGAGAAAGCAAUGCCUCCAGAUUCUCUUGCUCUAAAAUUAGAAGAACAUCAGACAGAGGAACUGCCAUCUUACAAUGACAAGAGCGCUAUCGAAAGAAGGAUAGCUUAUAUAUCCGGAAAGCAUGAAAAAGGAACAGAAGAAUCUUUCUAUGAGACCGAAAAGGAAAAAUUAAAAAUUACACCAGAAGAGGAACAUGACUUCCAGAGUUUAAGAGAAAUUGCUAGCCAAGAUGCAAAUGCAUUGGAAAAACAUAUAGAAAGUUUAAAAGAAACAACGCCACAUGCAGAAAAAGAACAUAAGGAAAAUGGAUUAGAUAGUGAUAUUAUUUCAUUGCCACCGGAAAUAGAAAAAGAUUCAAGAGACGUUAAAGAUGUUACACAGUCAUUAGAUAAAACAGUAGAAUCAUAUAAAACUGAAAGCGAUCAGAGAGAAGAAUUAAGUCCUGAAUCAAAGGAACAUAUUAAAGAAGAAGUUCCUUCGACAAAAGACGCAACAGAUAUCGAACAAAAGAUAAUAAAAGAAUUAGUGCAGAGAGAAAAUGAAGAGGAUUCACGAGAAAUUAAAAGUGACAUAGAGGCAUUAAAAGAUCACGUGACUCGGGAAUCUGAUACAGAAAAAGAGGAAGAAUCAACAACUCAAGCGUCCGAAGAACCGUUUGAUGCCAGUCAAUCUUUUACAAAUGAUUUCGAUGGUACUCAAAAAGCGUUUGCAAUCGAUGAUGAUACAUUACGGUACAUUGAUGAAACUAGUGAUGAGGCAUCAAAAUCAGAUCACGAUUUGAUUCAAUCUGAGCUUACCGAAUUGGAUAUCGUACAGAAAAUUACUGAUAAAGACAAACCGGAGCAUCUAAGUGAGGAUCUCACUGCAGAAAUAGAAACUGAAAGCCAUGAAACAAAGAAAGAAUCAUACAUAUCCCCUCGAAAAAUAUCUGAUCUUCAUGAAGAGAAACAGGAAAAAAUUGAUGAAGAUAAGUCUCUCACUACUAUUUCCAAAGAAGAAGAUACUAAGGAACAAUUACAAGUUGAACAUUCAGAGAAGAAAGAAGAACAACUUUUCGAGGAACAUAAAGAAAGAACAGAAGAAAUAUCUGCAUCAAAGGAAAAAUCUGAUGAAGAAAUAAAAGAAGCACUUGACAAGGAAACGGAACUUUCUACCGAGCAAUUGCCAAAAGAUUCGAAUCUACAAAAGCCAACUGUCAGUGAGCCAGACAAAAUUGACAGUUUUGUGAUAAUCUCUGAGAGCGCAGCAGUCGCAGAGCCACGAGACGAAGGAGAGCAGCGAGUAGACGUAAGCGUUCCAAUUUCUAGCAGUUUUAUUGAUGAUACACUCGAUGUUUCGGAGGAGAGCGACUCAUCCAGUGAUGUUUCCAGGAAAACAACGCUGAGCACCAGACCGUAUGAUACUCCGCGCCAUCGGCAAAAAUGGCAGCAGCAAGAAAGUAUUGAAAUAGCGGGAAUGUCUGGUGUAAAAACUUUCCAAGAUGACGAAGACCCGAGGACGAAAGCCGAACUAGAAGAGGAUACAGACAGUAACUUAUCAUUUGACGAGACUGAAAAGACAGAAGGUUCGAUCACAACUGAAACAACGAAUGAAUCAAAGGAAGAUAUGGAAAUUGCUGCCAUAUCUGAACAGAUUUCAUCUGACGGUGAAAAAGUUUUGUUCGUAUCUGACGUAGAAGAAAGAAAAGAUAUAACAGACGGAGAUUUCGAAUCGAAAGCCGAAAUUGAAGUAGAAACUGAAAUAAAAUCAGAAAUAGAAACUUUAUUGACGGCAAUUCCAUUAGUUCCGCUGACUUUAAGUAUUGUAGAACUGAAUAACAAAGAAAGUAUUAAUGGUGAAAUUCUGGUAACCGAGAAAGGUGCAGAAUCUAAAAGCGAAAUUUCUACACCUCGUACAAAGAUCGAAAAAGUUUCCAAAUCUGUCAAAGAAGAUGAUAAAAGUGAAACUGGAUUGCCUUUAAGUAAAUCUGAGCGAGUGGUAAAAGAAAGUAAAACAAAAAGUGAAGACGUUAAAAGAGAUAAAACGAGAACUGAAGACAUUGAGAUAGAUAAAGUAAAAAGUAAGAAGAGCGACGUGUCAUUAACUCCGGAGAAAUAUAUCGCGAAAAAUAUAUCCUCCGAACGUUUGGUAAAGAAAAAAAAGAAACCCGAAGAAAAAGGUCCGCCGAGUUAUUCUCAGCGUCGAUCCCGCAAGUUAACCGACGGCGACUCGGAGAAAAAACCAACGAGAGACAGCGAAUCGCGGAAACGAUCGCCACGAAGAGAAGAAGAGCCUCAGCGAAGACAAUUAAUGCCUAAAUCAAAGCUUAAAACGGACAAGAAAUCAACGAUUUCUCCGAAAACUGGCGAGAUCGAUAUUAGCAAAACGCAAUCGAAAUACAUGGCUUGGUACAAUAAGAAACGCGAGGAGAUGGAGAAGAAGAGAUUGGAGAAAAGAGCGGACGAUGAGGCGCAGCUACCACGUUGGGUGAGUAGGGGCUUGAGGCAAACGACAAAGCAAAGAGAUAGGCUAGUUGUGGAGCGCAAGACUUCGGAGAUGACGCCGCGUACCAGACGCAAGGUCAAACCUCUGGUGAACGUCGAAUCCGAGCAGCUGAAGGCUAUCGUACGUCAAGGGCGGCAAAUGAGAAGGGCCGAGGGUAUUCUCAAAGAAGACCCGUCGAUUGAAAUAUAUGCCAGAACACCGCCGCCUUCCACCGCAGAUACGCAGCACCGUUUGGUACAACAUUCGGAAUACAAAUACGAAAGAAUACCGCCGCCAUUUUAUCUUCAUCCACCCCCGGCGCCGCAUCCGUCGCCGCAGUUAUCGCCGGAGAGAGCCCUCCUCGAAAUCCAACCGUGCGGGUCGUACGAGCAGUCCGAGGAGGACCUGCACUCGGAAAGUGCAGCGUCGUUCCAAAGCGGUGGCCGUCUACGCCAUCAACAGCUUCUCGAGAAGAAAAGCGUCUUUGAUAUAGCGUAUAGCGAAGCUGCCCCGUCGCAGCUUCGCUCUGACAGCGCAACUCCGCCAUCCUAAUUCAUAAAUAUUGAUAAUCUCCAUAUUAUGUUUCUAUUAAUAAUAUAUAUAUUACAGUAUUAUAAACGUAAUUACUUUUAUAUUUGGCAAAUAUUGUAUAACAUUUCUUUAAAGUAUUUUCAAUUGUGUAAUUAUCUUUAUACAUCUUUUAACGUGAGA